AUGAAUCAAACAUAGAAAUUGGCAUAUUAUCCAAAUUUGCUUGUAAUUCAUAUUAUUUUAUAGAUAGGGACAAUCAGAGAGAAUAAUCUAAUAAAAUAUAGAGAGUAAAAGAGGUUUGGAAGAAUAUUUGGCUAUUUUAUAAGAAAGAGCAAACAUUGAAGAUCAAUAUGCCAAAUCAUUACACAAACUUUCCUAAUAAAUUGACAGAUCAAGGUAUAUAAAUUUAUUAUGAAUAUGCUACUAGUAUAACAUAUUUAAGGGAAUAAUUGGUGAAUUAAUUAAGAGAAAAGAUAGAAAGGUUGGAGAAUUUUGUAGAUUUAAUUCGAACAGAAAUAGUUGAAUAAGUGAAGGAAAUCCUAUAGGAUUAAAAUUAAAUAUCGAAAAAGAUUAUUGAUGAGAUGAAAGGUCUAGAAUGGGAUUUAUAAGAUAAAUAAGAUGAUUUAAUGGGUGGAAAAUUGGAUUAUAAAUUGUAAGCUAGAGAAUUAGAGCAAUCUGGAAUUUCAGAUAUGAUUUAUUAAUAUAGUCUUGAUAUUUCAGAAGAUAAAGCAAUAAAGUAAGCAUCCAAGUAAUAAUUCAUUUAUAUAUUUAUUAAAUAGGACCUAGUAAAUUUAAUCUGAAUGCAUUAAGUUGGAAAGAGAAUUUGAAAUUAUUGUUCUUUCCUAUAAUGAAUUUAUUGAUGUUUAUAAAACUAAAAUGGAAAGCUAUUUAUCUUAGAUGGAAUAAUAAGAGUAAUAAAAAUUGCUUGUACAAAAGGAUACUUUAAUGAAACUCUUUUUAUUUGAGUCUUCAAUUUCAAAAUAAUCCUUACAAGAUACUGAAAAAUUGAAUGAUUAGAUCAGAAAAACUAAUCUUUAAGAUGUCAUAGAGAAUUUUAUUAAAAAAUAUUAAAGACCUUAAGAAGCACCUAGAUAACUUGAAUUCAGACCUUAUUCUUCCUUUUUAGGUAAGACAAUAGACAGCAUGAAGAGUUAAGAAUAUCAAAAACUGAAGGAUAUUAUCAAAGCACAUAAUGAUACAUUUUACAAUAUUUAUGAAGACUGUGUUAAGAAGAAUGUAAAUUAUUUUAUAAUAAUUGAUAGAAUUUAUAAACUAUUGAAGAGUAAGAAUUAACACAUUUGAUAAAUCGUAACAGUGUGUAGGCUAUAUACAAGAUAAUGUAAAUUCAUAUUAAUUGUGUAUGGAAUGCAAAUGAAAUAUAAAAUAAUGAGACUAUUAUAGGAUUACUUAGAUAGAGUACUUUGAAUAGAUUACUUUGGUGUUAAGCUUUAGAAAUAUAGGGAAAUAAAAGUAAUUAUAAGGUUCCAUCUAAUGAUGCAUAUGAAUAAAUUGUUAAAUGGAGUUAAAAGAUGAUUAAUUUAGUAGAUUAUAUAUUCUAUUUAGAGUGUUUAGAAUUUUAGGAUGCAUCACCUUUGAGAAAAUUAAUAACUGUUAGUUCAAUAAUUAAUGUUGCAGUUUAGAAUAAGAAACACUUUUUGAUGUAUAACAUUAAAGAAAACAAAGUCUUGUAAACAGCAGAUUUUAUAGAAGCUUCAGUUGUUUAGGCUAUUUAUGAUGCAUUGGUUGAAGAAAUAAAGGAAGUGACUACUUUAGAAGAGAGAAUAAGACGGUAAAUUAUUUGAAUCUAAUCAAGAUAAAAAAUAAAUAUCUUGACACAAUUAUCAAAGAUAUGUUUCACAUUAUUAUAGUUUAAUCCUAUAAGUGUAAUUAAAAUGUAUGCAGAAAACUAUUUGAAGUAGUUAUCUGUGGCUAAUGAUGCUACUGAAAAUUUAUUAUUUUAGAUUGAGAGUUUUGAGUAAUUUUGA